ACACACACUCACACACACAGACCGUCAGCCGGGCAGGGUUUCUUCGACAGCGUCGCCAGCGUAGGCUACACGGGUCUGUGUUGAGCUGGUUCCUGUGCGGGUCUGAACGCGGACUGUGAGAGUUUGUGUUGUUGCAGUUGGAUGAAGGAGCGGAGCUGCAGACUGCUGUCCCGCGCUCGACACCAUGGCUGCCACUCUCACUCUACUCUUCUUCCUAUACAUCUUCACUUCUUCAGCGCUGGAAUCAACGUCAGAGCAAGUCCACCCUCAGAGGGACCCACAGCUCACCAGCUGUGUCUCUGCCAACAUGGAGACUUUCCGCUGCAGAUGGAAUGUCGGCACUCUCCAGAACCUCUCCAAGCCGGGAGAGCUCCGCUUAUUCUACAUUAACAAAUUAUCCCCACUUGAUUCUCCUAAAGAGUGGACAGAGUGUCCUCACUACAGCACCAACAGGCCAAACGAGUGCUUCUUCAAUGAGAACCACACAUCCAUCUGGACAUUUUACAGAGUCCAGCUCCGCUCGAGGGACGAAUCCACCGUCUACGACGAGAACAAGUUCACCGUCGAAGCCAUCGUGCAGCCAGAUCCUCCAUUUGACCUGACCUGGACAACACUGAAUGAAAGUCUGAGCGGCACUUAUUAUGACGUCCUGGUGAGCUGGAAGCCGCCUCAGUCUGCAGACGUGGCGACGGGAUGGAUGACACUGCAGUAUGAGGUCCAGUACCGCAGCGUCAGCUCUGACCAGUGGAAAGUGAUGGAUCCUGUGAUAAGCACCCAUCGGUCUCUUUACGGACUUAAACACAACGUCAAUCACGAGGUUCGGGUCCGGUGCAGAAUGCUGGCUGGGAAAGAGUUUGGAGAAUUUAGCGACUCCAUAUUCAUCCACAUCCCGGCGAAAGUGUCGAGUUUCCCAGUGGUGGCCCUCCUUCUCUUUGGAGCCUUGUGUUUAGUGGCCAUCCUGAUGUUGGUCAUCAUAUCGCAGCAGGAAAAGUUGAUGUUUAUUCUUUUGCCUCCUGUUCCGGGACCCAAAAUAAGAGGAAUAGACCCCGAACUGCUCAAGGAAGGGAAGCUGAGAGAGUUGACAUCCAUCCUGGGCGGCCCCCCUAAUCUGAGGCCGGAGCUGUACAACAACGACCCCUGGGUGGAAUUCAUCGACCUGGACAUCGAGGAGCAAGGCGACAAGCUCACAGACCUGGACACGGACUGUCUCAUGCACCGCUCCCUGUCCUCCAACUGCACUCCCAUCUCCAUUGGCUUCAGAGAUGAUGACUCAGGUCGGGCCAGCUGCUGCGACCCAGAUCUCCCCAGCGACCCUGAAGCAUCGCCUUUCCAUCCUCUCAUCCCAAAUCAAACCCUCAGUAAGGAAGUGUCGUGCCAGACAGCCAGCGAGCCAAGCUCCCCAGUCCAGAGCCCCGCCUCUGGAGAGCCUCCCUUUGCAGCACCGGGCAGAGAGGCUAUGUACACCCAGGUGAGUGAGGUGAGGUCGUCUGGCAAGGUGCUGCUGUCGCCUGAGGAACAGACCGAGGUGGAGCAAACCACUGGGAAAGACACGGAGAAAGACAUCAUGGCGGAGAAGGAGAAAGCAAAGAAAGAGUUGCAGCUCCUGGUGGUGAAUGCAGAUCAGGGGGGUUACACCUCAGAGCUCAACGCAGGGAAAAUGAGCCCAAGAUUGUCCAUAGGAGAUCAGAGUGAACCCUGCCUGACAGGAGACUUGAGUCCUUUGCCACCCGCAUUGCCUUACCAUGAAUCGGAUACUGCCGCCGUGUCCCCUCUUCCCCCUGCUCCUGUCUACACCGUGGUAGAGGGUGUUGACAGGCAGAACAGCCUCUUACUCACACCAAACUCAACACCUGCCCCCCAGCUGAUAAUCCCCAAGACCAUGCCAACACCAGGCGGCUACCUGACCCCUGACCUUCUGGGAAGCAUCACACCAUAGAUCAGCAGCGAAUGGUGCAUGGUUAGGACUGGUCAAUCAAAGGAGAACAGUCUUGGGUAUUGACUUUUGAGGGCCCCGUGGUUGAGCGUCGAAUGUCAGCUCUCCUGAAAUAGUUUUUGGGGGGGAGGGGCAUCUGUGCCUGUCCUGCCACCGCCUCUGCAUCUGGCCUCCCACUGCUCCCUCAGACACGGCCGUAACAUCGAGUUUGGUAUGAGGGAGGACGAGCACACAAGGAUGUUUUUAACUGCAAUAGAGGAAAAGGAACCUUCCAAAGGGAAAUACCACAAACCGGUUGCUGGAAAUGUUCUGAAAAAACAGGUUUACACUUCCUAAAGGUGCGCCAUGCAGGAAAACAACGUAUCGACUCAUAAAAAAGUAAUCCCUCUCUGUCAUCCCUUAUAACCCACUAGAAGUGUGUGGCACUGUCUAUAUGUGCAGAGACCCUUCUCUCUGCAUGGGUUUUCUAAUUUGUAUAGCAUUUUGCAGGGUUAGGGGCAUCCCAGGUCAACAGAACAGUGCAAGAUGUGAAGUCGGACUCAGUUUCCUUCGCUCCAUCUGUCUCUUUCCUCUGCUCAGGGCUGUUAUGGUGUUAAGAGGGCAGCAGGUUCGUGUGCCUGUUCGUUUGACUGAGGGUGGUGCUGAGCUACACUCAGAGCAGAGCGGCCAACAGCAGACAGGGUAAAGCAUGCACUUCAGCUGCAUUCCCGUGACAAAAACCCAGAGGGUUAUGCAGAGAUUUGAGCGUGUUGAUUCAUAGAGCAUUCCCGACAUUUUAUGUAUGUGCUUUGUUCUCUUUAACGCCACUCCUUCUCUUCAUUAACAUCUAGCUUGCCAGAUCACCACCGCUCCCUCUCUCUCUCUCAGAUUCUGUCAUUGAGGAGGGGGCUCUUUUAAAAAAAUUGGACAGAAGAAUUCUGCAAUCGUAGUGCAUUACUUGUUUUGGAUAACGUACUGACAAGCAAAUGCCAUCAUGUAUUCAUAUGUAGUCACGUUUCUGUUCAGUUGAUGAAUUUUCACUCUCUUUUAAGCUCUGGCUUGGCCUCCAUCAACUCUUUAGAGAAUCAUCUGUCUCCUGAGCUGCGAAAUGCUCCAGUUUCUCACCAUCUUGUCGCUCAUUUUGUCUGUCUGCUGUUAAGUGCUUCGAGCGAAAAGGCUGAAGAGUUGCGUCGUGCUGCAGAGUUGUUGUUAAUUCCCUGUGGUUCGUCACUACAGGUAAUCAUUUUUACAUUGUAAGUAGUCAUUUCAUUCAGUGUUAAAACAAGAAUAUUGACUUGUGCAGCUUUAAAUAAGGGCACAUUUAAUUGCAUUUGUAAAUUGUUGGAUGCUUCUUCUUUUUUUUUUUUUUUUACAUUUUGUACAUAUCAAAAGCUCUGUCAGAUAAAAUCAAGUCAUUUGUAAAUGACACGCUGUGUGAAAAAAUGCCUGUCAACGUAAAAUUAUCACUUGCUGUCUUUUUACGAAUUCAGCAAUUUUAGCUUUCCAGAAGUUCCAUUGGUAUUCUUUUUUCUUCAGUCCUAUUUGAGCUUUGAGACCAAUAUUAGUGUUACUUCCUCAAUAAGUAAUCCAUUGCUCUAUUGUAAUACUCGAUCUUACAGCCUGGGUUUAUAUAUCAUGAAUAUCAUGAUAUUACCAACACAUGAACUCCAGAGUUUAAAAGUAAGGCAUGAGUUGUUUGUAAAAGUGUCGACUGGAGCAGAUGCUUAUCGUAUUUUGCGCUCUUCAUUUAUGUUUCAAGAACUGUGAAACGUUCAUAGAGCUGAACGAACUCAUCUGCUCUGUCAGUAUGUGUUUUACCAGUGCAUGCGAUGUACAAGUUUUUGUUUUUCAUUUGGUUUCUGAUAUACAGCGCACUGAAUGUCAGUGUAGUUGGGGGACACAUAGUCAUCAGAGUUGGAUUUGUAAAGUUGCAUUGCAUUUUGACUGUUCAUAAGUGAUUCACAAAUAAACAGACUUUCAUAAAUCUG